AUGGCCUGUAAAUUUUGUGGCCCUAAGUUGUCAUUGUGUGGAUUGAUUUUAAGUGUAUGGGGAAUCAUUCAAUUGACUUUGAUGGGCGUCUUCUAUUACAUAGAAGCAGUAGCUCUUCUUGAAGAUCUGCCGCUCGAGGAAGAAAGUGGCCACCACACGAUUGAACAAUUUAUUCAUCAUGUUGAAUUAGGAUACAGUCAGAAUGCUUACAACUGCUGGAUUGCUGCUCUUCUGUAUGUAAUAACUUUAGUAAUAUCUGGUCAUCAAUUCUGGAUGAACAACCGUUCAUCAUUUCGCAACGUCGCACUACUAAUGGGAAUAUUCAUGAAACUAGAGGCAAUUGGUUUUUUGGAGGAUGCUGAAGAGGAAGAGUAUACGGAUAUCGAUGAUUUUAUAAAGAAAACUAAAGAAAAUUAUAGUUUGUUGGCUGUGAAUUGCUGGAUUGCCGCGGCGAUUUACGCCGUGUUGAUUGGCCUUUCUUACUUCUGCAUGGUCAAAGCCAGACGCGACGAACGCAAGAAAGCUGUAACGGGCGGAGAUGACGACCGCUACUGCGAAGAAAAGUCUAAAGUGAUA